ACAUAGGCCAUGGUGCUGUUCCAAAUGAUUAAUCCGGCUCCGCUGGAGCAGAAAGUGCAGUCCCGUGAGGCGAAUAUAUAUCUUUAUCGGGCCAUGUGGCUCAUUGGAUGGACUCCGCCGAAGGAGGGUCUACUGCGGUAUGUGUAUCUCUUCUGGACAUGUGUGCCCUUCGCCUUUGGAGUGUUCUACCUGCCCGUGGGCUUCAUCAUUAGUUAUGUGAAUGAGUUCAAGAACUUUACACCUGGGGAGUUCCUCACCUCCCUGCAGGUGUGCAUUAAUGUGUAUGGAGCGUCUGUGAAGUCCACGAUUACGUAUAUAUUCCUCUGGAGGCUGCGCAAGACGGAGAUGCUGCUGGACAAUCUGGACAGGAGGCUGCAGGGUGAUGGAGAUCGGAAGAAGAUCCAUGACAUGGUGGCCCGCUGCAACUAUGCGUUCCUCAUCUAUAGCUUCAUCUACUGCGGCUUUACGGGAUCCACUUUCCUCUCUCAUGCCCUCAGUGGUCGUCCUCCCUGGUCGGUGUACAAUCCUUUUGUGGACUGGCGCGAUGGCCUGGGCAGUUUGUGGAUUCAGGCCAUCUUUGAGUACAUAACCAUGUCCUUUGCGGUGCUGCAGGAUCAGCUAUCGGACACGUAUCCCCUGAUGUUUACCAUUAUCUUUCGAGCGCACAUGGAUGUGCUCAAGGAUCAUGUGAGGAAUUUGCGCAUGGAUCCGGAAAGGAGCGAGGCUGACAACUACCAGGAUCUAGUUAAUUGUGUGAUUGAUCACAAGAUGAUUAUACGAUGCUGCGAUAUGAUCCGCCCCAUGAUAUCCCGCACCAUCUUUGUGCAAUUCCUCCUCAUUGGUUCUGUGCUGGGUUUGACUCUGAUCAAUGUGUUCUUCUUUUCGAACUUUUGGAAGGGUGUGGCAUCCUUUCUGCUUGUUAUAACCAUUCUGAUGCAGACAUUCCCCUUUUGCUAUACCUGCAAUCUCCUUCUGGACGAUGCCCAGGAUUUGGCCAACACCAUUUUUCAAUCGAAUUGGGUCGAUGCAGAGCCUCGAUACAAGGCCACCCUCGUGCACUUUAUGCAUCAUGUUCAGCAGCCUAUAAUUUUCAUUGCAGGUGGAAUUUUUCCCAUCUCUAUGAACAGCAACAUAAGCGUGGCCAAGAUUGCCUUCAGCAUCAUCACAAUAGUGCGGCAAAUGAAUCUGGCCGAUCACUUUCAGUAAAAUUAGCUCAGAGCUCAGUUAUCCCAAAUUAUCCUGCCUGCACUCGCCACGAGCACAACAACUGCGAUUCUUUAUGUCCGUGAUUUGCAUAAAAUCUGUAUAUGUUGUGGCUUAUCUCAUAAGAUUUUGGCUGAUUUAGUUGGUAAAUGGUAAUGGCGAUGCCAAAGGAUGUGAAAGUCUGACUGAAUUUGCAAAUUGUGUUAACAGACGGAAAUUACAACGGCCGACUCAGGGCUCUGGAAGAAUAUUUCUGUGGCAAGGAGCAGAGGGAAGAGGCAACCACAGGAAGUACAUAUAACCGUUUACAUAUUGUAUGCGAUUUUUAUUUAAAUUUUAUGUUAAACACGUGACUUGUAACCAGCGCAAAAGGCAG